CCUCCCCACUGGGGCCUCCUCCCUCCUUGUCCCACCCUCCCCCUCUGCAGCUCCCCAACACAAAGACUUCAUUUCAAAGGCUUUGACUCUGACAGCUGCCCUGGCAGUAGCUGCCACCUGGAGGCCGGGCCCCCACCCCACUUCCCAGCCCCGGCCCCACUGCUCCUUCAUCCAAACACCUCGCCCGUCCUCCACUGGGUUGCAGUGUGGAUGAGAGGGCCCCUCAGGAUGCUUGUGAGCCACAGGGUGUGGGGUCUGCACAUGCAGGCACUGAGUAGGCAGCGGGGCACCCUUGCAUCUGAACCCAAGCAGAGGAAAGGCAGAUUUUCCAGGAGGAGAAUCUGUGUUCCAUCAUUUCCAGUCAGGGACAAAACUUUUUCCAGCCACACAAAACCCCAAUCAGUCUCCCCGAAAGUGACUCCCAAUUCUGACAUUUAUUUGAGACGGUCUUACUCUGUCACCCAAGCUGCAGUACAGUGGUUCAGGCACUGCUCACUGCAGCCUCGACCUCCUGGGCUCAAUCAAUCCUCUGACCUCAGCCUCCUGAAUAGCUGGAACUACUGGCACCUGCCACGACAGCCUGGCUAAUUUUGGUAGUUUUUAUAGAGAUGGGAUCUCAUCAUGUUGCCCAAGCUGGUCUGGAGCUCCAGGCGUUCUGCGCACCUGGGUGUCCGACAGUGCUGGGAUGACAGGCGUUAGCCCCCUUGCCCGGCACAGUCCCUGAUGUCUGUCUGUCUCCCACUGACAAACAUCAGCUCUAUUGCACAGCAUCGGCAGUUCCAAUUCCCUUUUCUUUUUUUUAUUUUAUUUUAUAUCUAUUUUUUAAAGACGGGGUUUCACCAUGUUGGUCAGGCUGGUCUUGAACUCCCAACCUCAAGUGAUCCGCCCGCCUUGGCCUCCAAAGAGCUUGGAUUAUAGGCGUAAGACACCACGCCCGGCCCCUUUUCUUUUCUUUCUUUCUUUUUUUAAGACAGAGUUUCACUCUGUUGCCCAGGCUGGAGUACAAUGGCGCGAUCUUAGCUCACUGCGACCUCUGCCUCCCAGGUUCAAGCAAUUCUCCUGCCUCAGCCUCCCAAGUAGUUGGGACUACAGGUACCCACCACCAGGCCUGGCUAAUUUUUUGUAUUUUUAGUAGAAACGGGUUUCACGGUGUUAGCCAGGCUGGUCUUGAGCUCCUGACCUCAGAUGAUCUGCCCACCUCAGCCUCCCAAAGUGCUGGGAUUAUAGGCAGCCUGGGCCACUGCACCGGGCCCAAACUCCAUUUUCAUCAUGAAUUGACACUCAGGAGUAGGGUGUCUGUGAGCUGAGCUGUUCCCUGUGACGACUUCUCCUAGUGGGCUCCAUCCCUUCCAACACUUUCCAGGCCUCUCCACCUUGCCCGCUUCCUUCAGACAUGUGAACAGGUCAGACGGUGGCACCACGUGGCAUGUGAAGUCCAGCAGGGCAGCUGAGGCCUCCCUGCAGUGUAGGCCAGGCCCUGUUGCCCAUGGCACAGCUUCACUGUUUCCACUGUUCCACUGGUGCCCACACGCCAAGGUCUUUAGUGCUAUUUGUUCAUUCAGAUAGUGAUUUGGGGUUGAAAAAAAAAGGUUGCAGCCAGGCACCAUGGCUCACACCUGUAAUCCCAACAUUUUGGGAGGCCAAAGAGGGUGCAUCACCUGAGAUCAGUAGUUCAAGACCAAUCUGACCACUAAGGUGAAACCUCAUCUCUAUUUAAAACAUAAAAAUAAAAAAAAUUAGCCAAGCGUGGUAGCAUGCACCUGUAGUCCCAACUACUUGGGAGGCUGAGACAGGAGAAUUGCUUGAACCCGGGAGGCAGAGAUUGUAGUGAGCCGAGAUUGCACCAUUGCACUUCAGCCUGGGCGACAGAGCAAGACUCCAUCUCAAAAACACAGAUAAAAGUUUUAAAAAGUUGCAAAACCUUGCUUUCUAAGUCUCCUCACCCAGGUCCCUCCCUUCUUCAUUCAACAAACACUGCUGAACUGCUACUGAGUCCCAGGGACUGCUACCAGAAAGGGGUUCAGAUCCAGACCCCAAGAGAGGGUUCUUGGACCCCACGCAAAAAAGAAUCUGGGCAAGUCCAGUGAGCAAAGGGAAAGCAAGUUUAAUAGGGAAAUAAAGGAAUGGGAGAAGGGCUGGCCCCCGAGUCCACUCAUUGUUGCCUCUUGAUCCUGUGCCCAACAUGGUGUGGCUCGUUCCUGAGUUUUCCAGGAAAGGGGCAGGCGGUUUUGGCAGGUUAGGGCUGGCUUGUUCGCAGCAUCCUGUUUUAUUAGCGGGGUCUUUAUGGCCUGUAUCUUGUGUUGAUCUCAUCUUGUGACUAAGAAUGCCUGAUCUCCUGGGAAUGCAACCCAGCAGGUCUCAGCCUCACUUUACCCAGCCCCUGUUCAAGAUGGAGCUGCUCUGGUUCGAAGGCCUCUGCAGAAUCACUCCAGGUUCUUUAGAUUCCAUAGGAAAGGGGCUGCAGCCUCGGCCCUCUGUGCCCCACUGUGUGUGGGUCCUACAAGCAUCGUAGAGGCAGCUGUGGCUGCCCCUGCUGCAGUGGGACCCAGGGGAGACGGGAGUCUUGGGAGGAGCCUGCUGGGCCUCUGUACCUCUGGGAAGCUGGCAUGAGACAGUUUCUGUGGCCUCCCUGGCCCUGAUGAGUGUGAGACUUUCUGCCGGCCCCCAGAGCUCCUCACUUCUUUCCUGGUGCCUGCUCCAGGCUGAGGCCACCUGACACUGUUUACCCAGCCACUUAGGAAAGCCCUGCCUUCUGCCUUCGGACCAGCACUUGCCUAGCAUGCUUGGGAGCCUCACAGAGCUUUCUUUCUAGAAAAGGAAGGCAGACAUUUAAAUAAAAUAAACACAUGGAUACUUUCCCGUAGUGAUAAAUGCUAAGAACGAACUAAAACAGGGUCAGAGGCACACGUUGCUUCAGGUGCAUCGGUGGUCAGCUCUGGGAAGGUGACAGAUGAGUAACGCGAUAAGGUUUUCGGGGCAGGGUCUGUGUGGCUGGGGUGGUGGGAUGGGACCCCUGGUCUCUUGCUUGGAGACCCUUUGGGCCUUUGGAGAGGCGGCCUUCUAGGGAGUGAGGGAGGCCAGGCCAAGGCCCUCAGGAGACCCAGUCCUUGAGGACCUGGGAGGCUGAAGGCGGCUGGGGUGGGAAUGGGCAGGCCCUCCCGUGUCCUGUGCAGUUGCUGGAGAGCCAGGCUGCUGCAGCCGCCCCACAAGGCAUGCUGCCUUCUCCUGCCUGGCUCCAGGUACUUAGAGAUGGGAAGAAGCCCUCAGGACCAGCCCCACCCGCCCUACCCCAGGCCCCCAGAAUCCUGCUGACCCAGGCCUUGCUCUGGCAGAGCGGCUUUUCUAAGAUGUAGACACACUCUAAAUUCUAUUCUCCCCACACUCCCUCCUGGCCUGCUCCACCCCUGCCCAGACAUUUGUCCCUUCCCUGGCUCCAGACUUCCCCAUCAGCCCCCAAGGAGUUUUUGUCCCUACCACGCCAGCACCACCCUCUUCCCCAGGACACCUGCCUGGCAUUCUUGGUGAAUCUUUUGUCCUGUGUAGCAUUUGCAGAAAGGGAGGCUAGAACCUUACCCUGCCCUCCUCCUCAGCCUGGAAUUGGGAGGAGGGGCUGGCACCCACCUCUGGGUGGGCUUAGCCAGCAGGGACAGGAGUGAGGGUGAGGGAGGCAGCCCAAGGGUGGGCCUCCUGGAGAGGUCUGUGGGGGUGCCUUCCAGGGGCACGUCGUGGCACAUCCAAAGUUGUGCUUCCUGGGGGUGGUGGGAUCUGAGGAGCUUUUGCCCACGGACGUGUUCCUGCUUGUCCUCCCCAACCGCCCUGGCCUUUUCCCCAGGAGGGCAGCCGAGCUGGGACCCUGGCAGCUAGCAGGGGAGGAAGCAUGCUUGGCAGGGGCUGGUCUGAAGGCAGAAGGCAGGGCCUUCCUAAGUGGCUGGGUAAACAGUGUCAGGUGUCCUCAGCCUGUCCCAGGGACUAGCUGUGUUCUUCCACCCUCUGCAAGGCUGAAGCUGCCGACUUUCAGCUUUUCAGCAGCAGACGCUUCACCCCAAAGCCUGCAGAAGGGAUUUUGUGAAGAGGGUCACCAGGUUGAGUCUGCGCCAGAACCUGCCUAGAGGACCCUCAGCCAGAGCAGAGAGCUCCUGGGCCAGCCCCCUUGGGUAAGGGAGCCAAGCCCCUCUGAAGGCUAAGUGGUGAUUGGAAUGUGUGGCUCCAGGGUGGCUUGGGACACUGGGCUGGGGCAAGUCAGAGGCUUCCAGGCUGAAUGCAGAUCCCUGCUCCCCCAGAUGGACUUCCAGAGGCCAGAACUUAGAGAGGAGGAGGAGGAGGAGCAGGAAUGGCAGUGGAUAGAGCUGGACUCCGAAGAGGCCCUGGGAACCAGGACAGCAGGGUCUAGUGUCUUCCAGGGCUGGGGGCACCUGCUCCAGGCCUUGUGGUGGGGUCCUGCAGGCCUGGUGAUGCAGCUGCUGCAGCAAGGGGCCAGUGUGGAGGAGAGGGACCACGCAGGCCGGACCCCCCUCCACCUGGCCGUUCUGCGGGGUCACACGCCCCUGGUGCGCCUCCUGCUGCGGCGCGGGGCCCCAGUGGGCGCUGUGGACCGGGCGGGGCGCACAGCGCUGCACGAGGCCGCCUGGCACGGGCACUCGCAGGUGGCAGAGCUGCUGCUGCGGCGCGGGGCCUCGGCGACCGCGUGCUCCGGAACGGGCCUCACGCCGCUGCACUGGGCCGCCGCCCUGGGCCGCACACUGGCCGCACGCCUGCUGGAGGCUCCCGGGCCUGCGGCGGAGGCGGAGGCGGAGGCGGAGGACGCGCGCGGCUGGACUGCGGCGCACUGGGCUGCCGCGGGCGGGCGGCUGGCGAUCCUGGAGCUGCUGGCGGCCGGCGGCGCGGGCCUGGACGGCGCCCUGCUCGUGGCGGCCUCGGCGGGGCAAGGGGCGGCGCUGCGCUUCCUCCUGGCACGCGGGGUUCGGGUGGACGCCAGGGACGGCGCGGGGGCCACGGCACUGGGUCUGGCGGCUGCCCUGGGCCGCCGGCAGGACAUUGAGGUGCUGCUGGGCCAUGGGGCAGACCCAGGCCUCAGGGACAGGCAUGGCCGCUCUGCAUUGCACAGGGCUGCCUCCCGGGGACACUUAUCCAUCGUCCAGCUGCUAGUUACCCGGGGAGCUGAGGUGGAUGCACGGGACACCCUGGGCCUCACACCCCUGCACCACACCUCUCGGGAAGGCCACAUGGAGGUCGCCAGCUGCCUCCUGGACAAGGGUGCCCAGGUGGAUGCUGCCGGAUGGCUCCGAAAGACCCCCCUGCACCUGGCUGCAGAGCGAGGGCACGGCCCCACCGUGGUGCUUCUGCUGAGCCGAGGGGCCAGCCCCAUCCUGAGGACUCAGUGGGCUGAGGCAGCCCAGAUGCCUGAGGGGGGCCUGCCCCAGGUGCUGCCUGAACUUCAAGGGGGGCGGAAGGAGUGUGAGGGUGUAGAGCCCACGAGCUGAACUGGACAGCAAGCCUUGGGCCCCACAGCCUCAGCCAUUUCCAGGCUCUCUGGCUGAGACUCCCUGCCUGGAGGAGACAACAGGGGAGAGGCUCCUGGAGGAGGCGGUGGGAGAAAGUGGGGGAUGUGGCUUGAGUUGCAGUCACAGGCCUUGGCUAGACCUGAGAUGGCCCCUAGCUCCCAGGGGGACCAUUGACCCUGCAGCGCCAGCCUUCUGCACACUCCAGCAAAGAAUGAGUGGUGGCAACAGAUGUGACCAAAAUCUGAUGGCCUUCCCUCUGUCUGCAGACCGGGGCUGCUCUCUGAAUGCCGGGGUGUUCCAACUGUGUUUUCUUAGAUUCUGUAUACGUCGCCUUGGCAACCAUGAAUUACACGGCCCAACUCCUGGCCACAGCUAUUCCCCUACCGCUUCUAUUCAGAGUCCAUACUCUGACCUAUGUCCUCAUCUAAUUCCUGAACAACAAGCCAACACUCCCCCUGGCCUGAGCCACCCAGGGCCAGGAACAGGUGACCAGGGCAGCCCCCAAGCACAAAGGCCAGAUGGCAGUUUUCAAGCUGGCUCAUUCCGAGCUGCUCACCCCGCCCUUCCUCCCCUUCCCACAGAAUCCCUAGUCAAGGCUCUGGUCUUAGCUUUCCCCUCUCUCUCUGCCUCCUGACUGAACACAGGGCCUUCUCAUGUGGCCCUGCAUAGUGUGGGUGGCCCCACUGCUCAGGAAAUGCAAGUAAUAAAAAUCGCCAUCAGCUUC